AGGCUUGAGCCACCGCGCCCGGCCAACAGUUAUUAUUUUUUUAAUCAACUCCAGCUUUUGGUUAUCAUAGCGUUUACCCAUUUCACGUGUACAAUUCAGUAGUCUUUAGGAACUUCAAAGUGGAGAAAUCAUCAUCAUCAUUCAGUUGAGAUCAUUUUCAUCCCCCAGUUGGAUUCCUCAUGGCUAUUUAUGUUAAACCUCAUUCUCACCUCAAAUUUAGAGCCACUAUUAACCUACUUUCUUUAUGUAUUUGUCUACUCCAGACAUUUCAUAUAAAAGGAAUCAUAGGGUCUGUGGGUUCUUGUGACUUGCUUCUUUAACUUACUGUAAUGUUUUCAAGGUUCAUGGGUGUUGUAGCAUGAGUCAGUAUUUCAUUCCUUAAUGUUUCCAAGUAAGAUUCCAUUGUGCGAAUAUGCCACAAUUUUUCUAUCCAUUUACCUGUAGGAGAGCUUCUUGGUUGUGUGCAGUUUGGGGUUAGUAUGAAUAAUGCUCUGUGAGCAUUCAUGUGCUCCUUGACAAUAUGAGUCCUUCUUGGUGGGUGGCAUCCCCAAGCACCCUUUCGUGUCUCUUUUUCUGUCUUCCAUGGCACUUUCCAGGCACAGUUCUGCUUUCUCUCGAACUGCAUCAUUCAGGACUCUGCAAAUUCCCUGAAGCAGGAGGAAAAAUGACCACGUCCAAGGAGGCAGUGACCUUCAAGGAUGUGGCUGUGGUCUUCACUGAGGAGGAGCUGGGGCUGCUGGGCCCUGCCCAGAGGAGGCUGUACCGAGACGUGAUGCUGGAGAACUUCAGGAACCUGCUGUCAGUGGGGCAUCAACCAUUCAACCGAGAUACUUUCUACUUUCUAAGGGAGGAAAAGUUUUGGAUGAUGGAUGUAGGAACCCAAAGAGAAGGGAAUUCAGGUGGCAAGAUCCAACUUGAAAUGAAGACUGUUCCAGAAGCAGGACCACAUGAAGGGUGGUCCUGGCAACAGAUCUGGAAAGAAAUUGCAAGUAACUCAAACAGGCCUCAAAACUCUACCAUAAAUAGCUCUCAGUUAUUUGAACAGAGUGAUGCCCAUUCCCAGGAUGAAGAAGAACUAGCUAUGAUGCACACAGGACAGAAACCUUCCGAUUGUGGGAAGUGUAAACAGUCCUUCAGUGGUGUUUCCAUCUUUGAUCUUUCUCAGCAAAUACACUCAGCAGAGAAGUCUCAUUCCUGUGAUGAGUGUGGAAAAAGCUUCUGUUACAUCUCAGGACUUCAUAUUCAUCAGAGAGUCCACCUGGGAGAGAAACUCUUUAAAUGUGACUUGUGUGGUAAGGAAUUCAGUCAGCGUUUACGUCUGCAAACUCAUCAAAGAGUGCACAUUGGAGAGAAACCUUUCAAAUGUGAACAGUGUGGGAGAGGCUUCAGAUGUAGAUCAGCACUUACAGUUCAUUGCAAAUUACACAUGGGAGAGAAACAUUAUAAUUGUGAGGCAUGUGGGAGGGCCUUCAUUCACGAUUUCCAGCUUCAGAAACAUCAGAGAAUUCACACAGGGGAGAAGCCAUUCAAGUGUGAGCUAUGCAGUAUGAGCUUCCGUCUUAGGUCAAGUCUUAAUAGGCACUGUGUGGUCCACACAGGAAAGAAACCAAACAACGCUGGGGAAUAUGGAAAACGCUUCAUUGGUAGGCUAGAUUUGUAUAAGCAUCAGACGAUCCACACAGGAGAGAAACCAUAUAGUUGUAAAGAAUGUGGGAAGAGCUUCAGACGGUCCUCGUAUCUUUUGAUCCAUCAGCGAGUCCACACUGGAGAAAAGCCAUACAAAUGUGACAGGUGUGGGAAGGGCUACAUUACUAAGUCAGGUCUUGACUUGCACCACAGAGCCCACACAGGAGAGAGACCUUAUAACUGUGAUGACUGUGGGAAGAGCUUUAGACAGGCCUCAAGUAUUUUGAAUCAUAAGAGACUCCACUGUCGGAAAAAACCAUUCAAAUGUGAGGACUGUGGAAAGAGGCUUGUAUACCGGUCAUACCAUAAAGACCAACAAAAAGACCGCAGUGGAGAAAACCCAUCCAAAUGUGAGGACUGUGGGAAGCGCUACAAGAGGCGUUUGAAUCUUAAUAUAAUUUUAUCAUUAUUUUUAAAUGACACUCUGUCAUCUCUGCACACAAAAGAACACCCACUAGACCCUGUGGGGCUGGACCCUGCAGAGAGAAACCAUGGAAGUGUGGGGAGACGGUAUGUGCUUCAUUCAGGCGUCAAGUCUUCAACUUCAUCAGUGUCCAAACUAGAGAGAAACAGUAGUCGUGCAAUAAAGUCUCUACUCAGUCUCGCUGCAGUCUCCUGUGAGAGUUCACAAAGAAGAGAACCAUUAAAAAUAAGAGGCAUGUGGUAAGCACUUCAGUGUGACUUCAUAUCUUAUCAUUUAUCAUAGAAUCAAUGCUGGUGGUAGUUUUUAUCUGGUCUUGUGGGAGGCAAAACAUUUGUUUAAAGUUAGCGUUUCAGCCAUAGCUCAGCAUACCCCAGUGUUCGUAGGACUGUUAUAGCAGAGAAUGCUUGCAAGUCGUGCUGUAGGGUUUCAAACAGAAGUUUGACAAUUAGUUAUUAUUCAGGAGACAGGCCUUAGUAUAAAAGUUUGUUCACACACUUUCAAAACACUAAUGAUGAACAUGUCAAAACUGAGGAUCACUAGAAUGUCAGCCACAUGUGCCUUUGUUUUUUUGCUGCGUCCUUACAUCGCUUGAGUCUGGAAGAUUGAGGUUGCAGUGACCUAUGUAUGAUAGUGCUACUACACUCCGGUCAGAGCAACAGAGUG